AUGUCCUCGUCGCUGGAGACGGUGAACGAGCUGCUCGCGGGCAGCGUGGGCGGCGCGGCGCAAGUGCUCGUCGGCCAGCCACUGGACACCGUCAAGACGCGCGCGCAAAUCGCUCCGAGUUCGUGCUGUAAAGGCCCCAUGGACAUCGUCGCGCAGACGAUCCGGAAGGAGGGUGUGCUGGCGCUGUACAAGGGGAUGCUGAGUCCCCUCCUCGGCAUUGCUGGCGUGAACUCGCUGCUCUUCGCGUCAUACGGCGCCUCGAAGCGGCUCGUGUCGCCCUUUGGCCAGCUCACCCUCCAGCAAACGGCGCUUGCCGGCGCCAUGGCGGGGGCGGCCAACGCCGUGCUCGCCAGCCCUGUGGAAAUGUUCAAGGUCCGCAUGCAGGGCCAAUAUGGCGGGGCGGGCGACAAGCGGUUGCGUGUCGUGGCGCGGGAAAUGUGGACGCAGUGGGGGUUCAGGAAGGGCGUCAUGCGUGGCUAUUGGGUCACCGUUGCGCGUGAAAUUCCGGCGUAUGCUGGAUUCUAUACAGCAUACGAGUUCUCGAAACGCAAAUUCGCCGCGCGAUAUGGCACGCAGAACCUUCCCGUCUGGGCUCUCCUGGCCAGCGGUUCGACGGGCGGCAUUGCCUAUUGGCUUGCGUGCUAUCCACUUGACGUCAUUAAAUCGCGCAUCCAACUGCGCGAAACGCCGCCGACGGGGGACCCUCUGCAGUAUAUCGCGCGCGAGUUCCGGGCGAUCGUCGCUGAGUCCGGCUGGACGGGGCUGUUCCGCGGGCUCUCGCCGUCAUUGCUGAGGAGCAUUCCUGCAGCCGCGAGCACGUUCGCUGCGUUCGAGCUCACGAGAGAAUGGCUGGCGGGGAUGACGGGCGUCUGA